CCAGGUUGCUUUUCCGGCUUUGUUGGAGACCGACGCGGAAGUUCACACCGGCCGAAAGCCAAAGUACUGGACAGACAGCCUGGUUCAGGGCUGGACGCCUAGUACACCUGCGAACUUGGAGCUCCAGAGACAUGGCAACGAAGGAGUCAGGAGAUGCCCAAGCACCGUUGGCCCCCUCCUCAUCGGCCAAUCAGAGCAAGGAAGUGCCUGAAAACCCAAACUAUGCUCUUAAAUGUACUCUCGUGGGACACACGGAAGCAGUAUCAUCAGUUAAGUUUAGUCCUAAUGGAGAAUGGCUAGCAAGUUCUUCUGCUGAUAGGCUAAUCAUAAUUUGGGGAGCAUAUGAUGGAAAAUACGAGAAAACACUCUAUGGUCAUAAUCUGGAAAUAUCAGAUGUUGCCUGGUCAUCAGAUUCCAGUCGUCUUGUUUCUGCUUCAGAUGAUAAAACUCUAAAAUUAUGGGAUGCAAGAUCUGGAAAAUGUUUGAAAACGCUGGAGGGGCACAGUAAUUAUGUCUUUUGUUGUAACUUCAAUCCACCAUCCAACCUUAUCAUCUCAGGAUCUUUUGAUGAGACUGUAAAAAUAUGGGAGGUAAAAACAGGAAAGUGCCUCAAGACUUUGUCUGCCCAUUCUGACCCAGUUUCUGCUGUUCAUUUUAAUUGUAGUGGGUCCUUGAUAGUAUCAGGUAGCUAUGACGGCCUCUGUAGAAUCUGGGAUGCUGCAUCAGGCCAGUGUUUAAAAACGCUCGUUGAUGACGAUAACCCUCCUGUCUCUUUUGUGAAAUUUUCUCCAAAUGGUAAAUAUAUUCUCACUGCAACUUUGGACAAUACUCUUAAACUAUGGGAUUAUACCAGAGGCAGAUGCCUGAAAACAUACACUGGUCAUAAGAAUGAGAAAUAUUGCAUAUUUGCCAAUUUUUCAGUUACUGGUGGAAAGUGGAUUGUGUCUGGCUCUGAGGAUAACCUGGUUUACAUUUGGAACCUUCAGACCAAAGAGAUUGUACAGAAAUUACAAGGCCACACAGAUGUCGUGAUCUCAGCAGCUUGUCAUCCUACAGAAAACCUCAUUGCAUCAGCAGCAUUAGAAAAUGACAAAACAAUUAAACUGUGGAUGAGUAACCACUAAUCCCUUUGGAAAUCAAGUAAUAUAGCCCAGUUGGCCAAGAAACGUAGAUAUUUAAAAAGAUGGUUUAUUUUACUUUGGCAGUUUUUGUAUUUUUUAAAUUGUCAAUUGUUAAAUUUUGAGAUUCAUACCCUACAUUUAGAAAAUGAGAUAAUGGAAAAGCACAUCUUGAACUCGAAGCUUCUGACUUCCAGUCUUUCUUUAGAAACGUUUUUUGUAAUUUUUAUAGAUUUAUAUCCAUUUAACUUUUAUUACUGGGAUAUAUCGCAUAGUGGUGAAAUCUAGGCUUAGUAUACCCUCACCCAAAUAGUAUACAUUGUACCCAGUAAAUUCUUCCCCAUGUCUCACCCCCUCCCACCUUUGAAGUCUCCAGUGUCUAUGAUUCUGCUGUCCAAGUCCAUGUGUACACAGAAUUUAUCUCCCACUUACGAGAGCAUGUGGUUUUUAAAAUUUUGUUUUAUUUCACUGAAUGGCCUCCAGGUCCAUCCAUGUUGUUGCAAAAGACAUGAUUUCAUUUUUUUU